GUAGUUUUCAAUGAAUCACAUCGCCAGCAACGUGUCCGUUUCGAGACGGCCUGUCUGUCCGUUUGCCCUUUAAUUCGAUUUUGGCGAUGCGCGCCGAAAGUAGAUUGAAAAAAAGUGGCCCAACGUGCGACGCGUGUUUAGCAUAAUCCGGGUUGCUCGCUAUUUUGCUACAGCGUAAUUUCCCUUUUGGUUUGAAUUGCGCAUCAAACUGCGCACCACAAGAAACGGCAUUCCGUCAAAAGAAGGGGAAAACGACUUGCGGAAGGGACGAAACUGUGUCCGCGGUGCGGAGGGGGGGAAAAUGUGAUUGUUCCUAACUUGUUUACCAUCAAUUAAGGAAACAAAACGGUCAUCAUGUCGUCCGUUAAGUGAAAAAUGUCGAGGGUAAAGUGAGCCGCGCGAUUUUCUAAAUUUGUUUGAAUGCGAUUUAGUGAAGGGCGUGUGUGCGGGUACGUCACGCGCGCAUUUGUUUAGACGCGCAGCGCCCAUUGGUCGAUACAGCUACAGCACACACGUGAUGUGGCUGCUGUGAAGCGUGUACAACGAAGGGCUCACGACGGGGUGGUGUCCAGGUGUCGAGCACCUCGGUGUACUUUUCCGAUUUGGCACAUCCUAGUUCGAAUGGUGAGAAGUGAAGGUGAAACGGCCGCGUCCUCUACGGAUCUAAAGUCCCGCCGGAUUCUUGCUCUCCUUACAGGUCAACUUAGGACCACGAGGGGAACAUGAGUUUGGACACCUUGCUUGAAGCAGCACGUUAUUUGGAGUUACAAGAAUUAAAAGAGCAACAACAAAGACAGGCCGUAGCUCCCAUUGUUUCAAGCAUCAACCCCCCGCCACUUGCAACACAACCCGUCGCAAUUAUUAAACCGAUACAAGAGGCCCCAAUCGUCACGCAUCCGCCCCUAACAUCGCGAGUCAUCCAAAACAGCUUCGACAUCAUCAACCCGCUUGUCAUCGACGAGGGAGGCGAGCAGAAGCGCAAACAGCCCCCUCUGGUUUUCCGGUCGGGCACUCGCGAGGUGCACAACAAGCUCGAGAAGCACCGGCGCGCCCACCUCAAGGAAUGCUUCGACUUUCUUAAGAAGCAACUGCCGACGCAGGCGGACGAAAAGAAGACGUCGAACCUGAGCAUUCUGCACUCGGCGCUGCGCUACAUUCAGAGCCUGAAACGUAAGGAACGCGAGCUGGAACAUGAGAUGGAACGGUUGGCGCGCGAGAAGAUAUCGGCGCAGCAAAAACUCGCCGUGCUCAAAAAGGAAAUAGCCGUGCAGUGCGAUAACGUCGAUUUUAACGUUUUACUGCCGGAACCGGCGCCCGUUCCGCCACCCAACGAAACCAAGAUGGUGUCGCCGACCAUCGAACGAAUUCCUCCGCUUCCCAAACCGCCAAACGGCGUUAAAGAGAAUGCGAUCGUCACGAAUCAGCAACAGUCCGUGCAGACGACGGCGCUUUCGGUCGUGCCGAUGGCCGGCUACCCGGUAACGCAGGGCGUCGUACUACACAAGGUCGCGCUCAUCCCCAAGGGCAUAGCGGAUUUGUCGCCGCUGACGGCCGUCUCCAGUCCGGUGGCGCAUUUCAUAGCAGCUCCCACGCAGCAACUGAACGGAAAGGUACUGCCAGUGGUGAACGCUCAGUAUGUCGUGAAACCGGUCGUUGUGGUUAGCUCACAACCAUCCGUCGCCCCUCGUCCCAGCUAGCCAAUUUCAAGUCGGUGUAUUAGAUACGGUUUAUUCCAAUACCGAUAGUAUAACCGUAGUAUUAUUACCGCAGUUCCCUAAGAGUGAGAGAGAGAGAGAGCGCGCGCGCGAGAGAGAAAGAGGGAAUAAACGUGUGUGCGCAUUUAAUUUGAACUGUUAACGUCGGCGCUAACGACGAUUAUUAAUUUUAAUUUCCACUUAUAGUGCAGGACGCUAUUCUUCCAAUGAGAUAGACAAGUGCUGUAAUUUUAUGUAUAUUUAUGUAUCUAUUAUUUUUUUAUUAAUCACCUUGUCGUACCUACCCUACCUAUUUAUUUAUAUAAAAUGUUUAAUGGCUGUACUAAAAUUGCCCUACCUUUUAACGUAGGGCAACAUAUAAAAAAGAUCUCUAGAAUUUCUUGUAAAUACGUAGAAGUAAGCUGCACCUAUUUGAUGUGUAAAUAAAUUUAAUGUGCAUUA